CAAACGAGAGGGAGGGAGAGGAGGCAGCGUAGCGCAGCGCAGACACAGAGCGGCCAGAGAAACGGAGGAGCGACUUAAGCCGUUCUUGCGAAACUGCAGAAAAAGUGUGGGUGUUGAACCCUCUCACCGGGAGAAGUGUGGGUGUUUCCCCCAAGGGUGCGACGCCCCUUGUGUCCAACAAAGUGUGUAUCUCAUCCUGCGCUAAUGAAGAGGAAAAGGUGCGCGCAAGUCCCAGUCCCAGACACCAGACGACUCCGGAACCGGAUCCGCAUUAGUAACGGAUAUGUUGCGGAUCUAAACGGGAGGCAUCAGCUGUCUUGGGUGAAUCCGGGCGUCGGUGACCCGUCCACCAAACAACCGCACCGGGCGGCUCUGAUUCUGGCUCGCGGUGGCAGUAAAGGAAUACCGCUGAAGAACAUCAAGGUUCUGGCUGGAGUCCCUCUCAUCGGAUGGGUAGUGAGAGCUGCACUGGAUUCAGACGUCAUUGACAGUGUUUGGGUGUCUACUGAUCACGAUGAGAUUGAACAAGUUGCUCGAACCUGUGGUGCAAAAGUUCAUCGGCGCACUCCUGAAGUUUCCAAAGACUCCUCCAGCUCACUGGAGACCAUCAAAGAGUUCAUCCAGCAUAGACCUGAGGUGGACAUUGUUUGCCAUAUUCAGGCAACGUCCCCAUGUCUGCACCCGUUUCAUAUCACUGGAGCUCUGCAGAAGAUCACUGAACAGGGUUAUGACUGUGUGUUCUCAGUUGUGCGCAGACAUAAUUUUCGCUGGACUGAGGUGAAGAAAGAGGGUGAACGCACCAAGCCUCUGAACAUCAAACCAGGAUACAGACCAAGACGUCAAGACUGGCCCGGGGAGCUCUAUGAAAACGGAUCUUUCUACUUUUACACAAAAGAAGCUGUGGAAAAGGGCCUUCCGGAGGAGCUGAAGUGGGGCUACUAUGAGAUGCUCCCAGAAUACAGUGUUGAUAUUGAUGUGGAUAUAGAUUGGCCGGUGGCUGAGCAGAGAAUUUUGAGGUUCGGAUAUUUUGGAGAAAAAAAGAAAACGGAUAUCAGGUUGUUUCUGUGCAGUGUAUCUGGCUGUCUGACAAACGGUCAGAUACAUGUGUCUGUUUCAGGAGAGCAGUUUGUUGGCAUCAAUAGUCGAGACCUGGCAGGCAUUCGAAUACUGCAGAGGGAAGACAUUGAGGUGAUUCUUAUAUCUAAUGUGAAUGAGACGGUGUCCAAAGAUCUGCUGGAGACCAUUUCUAAGCAGACAGGGUGUCACGUGAUGGAGAAGAAAGAUCUGGAGUGUCUGAUGAAAGUGAAAAACAUGCAGAAGGAUGAGGUGGCCUUCAUGGGUGCAGAAUGUGAAGAUGUGGAGAUCAUGACGCAGGUGGGGCUGAAUGCUGUACCUCCUGAUGCACCUGUGUCACGUCUCAUUGCAGCUAACUUCACCUGUCAGAGACCAGCGGGUCAUGGGGCGGUUUUUGAGUUUGCUCAGUACAUCCUGCAGAUGAAGAAAAAAACACAAGUCGCAGAUGAGCAUGAAGACAUCAACAACAUUCAUGCUGCAUUUACACCAACCGCGUUUCAGGUGUCAAAAUCGCGUCAACCGCGCCUAGUUUGCCGCUUGAACGGUUUGAAAGUGCGUCAGAGGCAAAAUCCACUUCUUGUGGGAGGGGCAAGUGCUAAUGCGGUUGUCUGUUUGCAAGAUGAAUGAUGUUGAUUGUGCAUUUAUCGAGAGAGUUAUCGGUUUGUAUUUGGUAACCUUACUAUAGGGGGAAAAUAAAUGGAGCGGGUCGAUAAACGUCACGUGACUCAAAAGUAAAAUGUGUAUUACAACUUACCAGGUUGCCCAAUGUCCUCACUGACACUCUUCCAAGCGAGAUCCUUUUUAUUCCUGUCUCUAUAGAAAUAAGAACUUGUCCAGAUGCGCGUCAACGCGUCUUCACAUUGACUUAACAUUGAAAUCACUCGCUUCACGCCUCUACUGCGGUUGGUGUAAAUGCAGCAUUAUAAAACGGGCAGUUCUGGUUCUUCAUUCUGAUUGGUUGAAACGCGUUCUAAGCCGUGUCAAAAUACACCGGUAACCUCACGGUUCAGACCACAUUACAUAAGUAUCACUCCGCCACUGUUGCUGCGUACUGAUUUAUGAAAAUAAACACCACACUCUUUAAUCAUAUUUUAAAUUUGUCUACAAUUGCACAAUUAAUGGCGAUAUCCAGAUAACUGUCAAUAAAUAUUGUUGAGUCAUCUCGUCGAUAAAGAGAAAACUUUGUCUGAGGAGUUUCUAACUCAAGUUCAUACGUCCGCUAUUAUACACUGGGUGGCGCUUUUACCCAACUUAAACACUGACGUAUUCACUCAACACUGAAAACACAGCGUGUUAGUUUUGAUGGCUUUGAAUCUGAUCUCUUACAUAAGAUCUUCAAAAAAAUGGAAUUAUCUCCGCUUUUAGCUAAAAAAGUUGAGAGGUGAUAAGAGAACAAAUGAAGGUAGGAUGAAACUUUUUUUUGUUUUUUUUUUUGAAAGCGGAUGGUCUGUUCUUUCAUUUGAUAUUUUAUGUUUAUUUAAAGAAGAUAAUUUUUCUGCAAGGCAUUAAUCUAAAACUGGGUGGCAACUUAAAAAAAAUAAAAACGCUGACGGGGAAAGAGUUCAGCAUGCUUCCAAGCAUAUUUGAUCAUCACUUCAACAGUUGCACAAUAUCAAUGUUUAUGUAUAAAUUAGAUGAAUGUUGAUUUAUAAAAUAAACACUACAGUCUUAAAUCAUAUUUUCAUUGUGUCUUUGCUGCAUCUCUGUUGGUUGGGAACUGCGCUCUGUUUCAGUCACACUUGAUUCUGAGGAACUACUUUGUUUGGCGGAAGAGUAAUAAUUGUACUAAUAUAAUUACAACUUAUUUGUGUUUUAUUUUAUAAAAUCCCUCUAAUGUUAUGCAUAUGAAAUAACCGUUUUAUAAACGCAAUAAACCCCUCGAAGCAGUGGGGUUACAGUGCAUUUUGUAACAGCUAAGGUGGUUUUAGGCACUCCGCUUCGCAUCGUGCCUAACAACGCCCCUUAGCUGUUAUAAAAUGCACUGGUAACCCACUGCUUCUUGGGGUUUAUUGCUUUAUUAGACUUUUAGUGACCUCAACAGUGCUGUGAUAAAAGUUUGCUUUUCUAUUUUUCUGUUUGAAACAAACUGUACAACUAUAAAUGAUUUCCAUGCACACUUUCAUUUACAUUUGAUCUACAGUAUACAAACAGUAGACGUAUUGUUCAGAUGUGUUUACAUACAUUUUGAUAGUCAAAUGAAUAGAAUAAGGAAAAAAAAUUUGUGGUUACUUUGCUGUGUUUGCUGAAGGAAAGGGACAUCAUACAGUACAUCCAUUAAAAACAUACACCAACUGAUCUUAAGGAUCUCAAUUGCAACUAUAUGUCUUAUUUACUAUAUCUAUAUUUAUAUCUUGUAAUUCAAGCUUGUAACUUUUUGAAUCAGAACGUGUAAUAAACCAUUCUCUCUAACAGACUGUUUGUAAAAGACAUUUGAUUUUACAGACAUUCAAAAUUUUUACAUUUUUGUUAGUCGGAUAACACUGCAUAGGUACUGUAAGUACAUAAGGCACUCAAGACGUGAAUAUAGUCACAACAAAAUAUUCAUAGUCAUCAGGAAGUAAAGGAAAAAU